GUAUGGCCUCCCUAACUUUACAUCGUGUUUUCGUUUAUGGGACGCUUAAAAGAGGUGAACCUAACCACCAUGUUAUGACUAAUACUGAAAAUGGGACAGCAAAAUUCGUUGGAGAAGGAAAAACGACAGAAUCAUGGCCACUGGUUAUUGCUUCCAAGUACAACAUCCCGUUUCUACUUCAUUGCAAGGGCAAAGGGCAGCUUGUCAUUGGAGAGGUGUAUGAUGUUGAUGAUGAAAAAAUGAAGGAGUUGGACCUUUUAGAAGAAUAUCCAAAAUUUUACAACAGAAUAAAAAUCCCAGUAUACAUUUUAAAAGAUAAAGAUGAUGAUUUUGGAAACGAUACAGACGUUUUGUGUUGGGUGUAUAUUUUAGAGAAGUUCAAACCACAUUUGUUAGAGUUGCCAUUUUUGAGUAAUUAUAGUUCCAAGGGAGAGCACGGUUUGGAGUUUUGUAUUGACGCUACACAUCCUGAGUCUGCAGAUCCAAUGAUAAACCUCAAAAAUGAAAUAAAAGAGAUGGCUUAGGAUUUUUGUCAGACAACAAGAUACUGAUGUGUUUAUUUAGGAAAGUCACAAAGAAAGUCACAAAGAAUAUUACUUUUUGUAAUCACAUUUACUUACCAUGUAAUGCAGCAUGAAUAUUAAUAAACUUGUUUCAUUAUGCUUGCAUGACACAUUGAUUUUCACCAAAAAAUAAAAAGAAAGAAAAAAAAUUGCAUGGUAACGAUUUGUUUUCCAAAUAGGCCAACUACGUACUGGCAAAGUUUCAUGUUCCAAAAUUUACUUGUGGUACCAACAUGGACUACUAAUUCUUCUGUAUAACAUUGCUCUUUUUCUGCUAGCAAAAAGUUAAAGAUGCAUAUUUCAGGAAAAUUGAAAGUCAUUAUGAUUCACAACUAGUGACAUAAUGAUAUAAUCACAUCCAAACUUAUUGUCCUAUAUAUAUGUAAUUAUGUUUCAAAACAGCAUGGGUUGUGGUUAUGGUUUCUUUAUUGAUAUAUAGCACGUUGAACCAUGCUUGCACUCUGUGCUCUUUAUCUUUUAACUAACAUUAAUUUACCAAGUACUCGACAUAUCUGUAUACUGAACGAGUUUUGGUACAGAAGUGGGCAUUUUGUUUGACAUUUUGAAUCAUCCUACAGGAUUAUGUAUGAAAUAUCAGGAUCAUAGUAUAAGUAUUUGUAAAAUGGUUUACUUAAAAAUGUUCUCAAGUUAAGUACCAGUAGACUUAUACUAUAUAUGAAAUAGUGGGAGCUUUGUGUUGCGAGAAAGAAAGAGGAGCUUAAUUAGUUACUAUUAUAAUAGUAAGAGAAAAAUAUUUUAUGCCUCUUACUACAUAUGCUGCCCUUUCUACUAUCAGAAAUGCUGAUAUAAUUUCAAAUUAGACUUCCAUUAACUCAUUUCAGAGGGUAUUAGGAGAAGUACAUGAAAUAGACGACAAAAUGAAGGCAUUCCUAGAUGACUUUGAAGGCCACCCAAAUUUCUAUGAACGAGAUAG